GCGAUGGCACUCAGUGAGACUGCGCUGACUCCAGUCGCAGCUCGCUCCAGGUCGGGACCACAGCACAGUCACAGCGCCGCUGGAGGGGAGGGCACCACGCGGCCGAAGCAGCACACUUGAGGAUUCACGCAGGCGAGGCGAGGACGGCUGGCUUUUGGAGCGAGCUGACGCUGGUUUGGUUAGACUCAAGUUGUGGGUAUUGUUUGGCUACUGACACUUCAGCUGUGACCGAGUUUAGUGCAGCAGUGAUUUACUGUGUUCGGGUGAGAGGAGACAACAAACUGACUGAGCAGAACGACUGCAGCGCACGCGUCAGCUGACCGUCACAGUUAAACCGAUCAUCGGCAGCCAGUGACGCAGAAGGCAGGAGAUUGCGGCAUGUAGAAAUACCCUCGUCACUCAUCUGUAGUAAGACGUGGAAGGCUUCGAAAACCCUUCCCAAAAUCAGCUAUAAAUAAGAAAAUGAAGGUGCUUCUCGCCGUUUUCCUGAUCUGCGGGACGUGCACAUCCGCCGCCGAUUCCUCAGCUUCGGCUUCGGAUGUCUCCAGUGCAGUGUCAAAAGCCGAGCCCAGUCGUGGCAGCGGCGAAUUCGCCUCCGCACGUGCUCUCAUCGAAACCCAGACCUCCGCUUUGGAAAAUAUUCUUGGCAAAACGCCAAAAGACGAAGCUCUCAAAUCUCUAUCGCGAGAAUCUCGGCAACUGAGCGAGGAUUUCGCCUCCACAAGUUCUCCACCGACGGAGACGGUCCUUGAGGAUGAUGACGAGCUGACCGAUCAGGAGCGGCUGGAUAUCCUUCAGGAGCUGGAGCGGCUCAACAGCACAGAGCCGGAGCAGCUGCCUCAGCCGGAGAUGUUCAUUUCACACGUCAGAAACUACUGGCGACGGCAGGAGGAAGCGCAGCAGAAGAUCAGGAACGAGAUCCUGGACAUGAUCCUGCCCAGGAAAAAGAGUCGUCCGCCGGGGCCGCCGCGAGGACCUCUCCCCAACAGCGUCCCGGCCAGAAUACAGCGACCGCCGCCGCCGCCGCCGCCCAGACCCGACCGCAGGGCGGACCGGCGGCCGCCCCCGCCCGGCAGGAGAAACCCCGGACCUCGGGAGCGAGACCAGGUCAUCGGGCACCAGCCACCGCCACCGGGUCUGUUCGGGGGCCCUCCGCCACCGGAUCACAGAAACGACGUCCAAUCCGCGCAACCGUCGAUCCCGGCGCCUGCUCCGUUCCUGUUCAAGGUUCCUGGCGAGGGGGUGAUCCAGCUGCCCCCGCCCCCCACCCACGCCUCGGCCCCUCAGGACGCAUCCAACGUAUUCCCCCCGCCCUUCCCCGUCGGAAAACAGCCGGCCAAUCACCGACCGGGACUGAGGCCUCGUCCCAAGGGUCACCAUGGCAACCGGCGCCGCCCGCCGCCGGCCAAUCAGGAGGCGCCGCCGCGCCGCUCACCGCCCAAUCACGAGCCGCCACGUCGCCCCCACAACGGUCUCCGAGCUCCAAUUGGACCAAGGCGUCCUCAAGAGCGUCCCCCACCGGACAGCGACCGUCGGCGACGUCAGGAGGAGGAGCAUCGCAGACGGCUAGAGGAGGAGGAGCAUCGCAGACGACUCGAGGACGAGGAGCGUCGGCGUCGGUUUGAGGGAGAGGAACAGAGGCGCCGGCACCAGGAGGACUUCCGUCCUCCGUUUCCUCAGCGUCCUCCUUCGUUUGUGGAGGAGCAGAGCAGACCGCGACCUGACCUGGUCCGGCCGGAGACCAGACCGGACCCGGGACCAGGACCGGGCCUGGGACCGGUGGUCCCCCGCAGACCGCCCAACUUUGACUUCGGACCGCCCGAUGGCGGCUUCAAGCCGAGUGACAUUGAUUUCGGCAGCUCGAAUUUCCGACCGUUCAGUCCUGUCAACAACGACUUGAGCACUACCACGCGACGGGAGUGUGAUUUUUAUGCUGAGGACAUCUGUCUGGCCAGCAGUGUGUACCCCGGGGAUGCUAUCCGCGCCUCGAUCAGCCGGGACCGUCCAAUGGUAGACGCCAUGUUUGCCGAGGUUCAGGAGCAGAGUGCCGAUAUUCUGGUGGAAGGAGUUAGUAGUAAACAGGAGGAGUUGUACGACUACACGCACUACUUUGGAGCCGAGAGCCGGACGCAGACGGAGCGGCGCGGGAUCGAAUCCCACUCGCAUCGGGACUUUGCGCAGGACGGCGGCUACCUCUGCCCCUCAGAAGUGAAAUACGCGCGCCCGAAGCGCGCCAAGAACAGCAAGGGAGAGUGGAAGUUUAUCGUCAACAUGGACCGCUACACUCAGACGCUGCGAAUGGAGAAAUGCAUGCGACCGGGCGGCAGCUGCAGCUACGUGUCACACCACUACAAGUCUCAGUGCUCUCAGGUGUCCAACUAUCACCGACUGCUCAGCUGGGAUAAACAGAGGGGGCUGCACAUGGACAUCUUCAAGGUACCGGUGGCCUGCAGCUGCCAUAUCCAGGGGUACGCGUACGUGUACCCACCGCUAGGCGGCGCCUCGAUCGGUGGAAGGGCCCAGUCCACCAUUCGUGAAACUGUGGAGAAUCCUCCCGGGGACAGCGGGCGGACGCGACGUCCGUUCCAGACGGUAGUCCGACCCUCCAGGGAGCCGGAAACACCACCGCCGCCACCAGUCACCACCACCACUCCGGCACCAACCACCAGCACCACCACCGAGGCGACCACCACCACCAGAAGGUACCGCGGCAUCAGCCGACUGCGGCCGACCCGGAGGAGGAAGGUGACCUUCCCGCCGUAUCGACCGAGGCCCAAACUGGACACAGUUGAGAAGGAUAACGGAGACUCGCCGAUCCAGAUCCCCGGAUUGGCGGACCCUGAUGACGUCACGUACUUCAGAGGAAGCUUCGGCGACCGUCUGCCGACUGAUACCAACGAGAUAAGACGAAGAUCGGACCAGCAGGAAAGUGGCGGUUCAUACCAGGUCCCGGCCAUUCUUCCUCCGCCCCCUCCCACGCAGAGUCAGCCCGAGGAGAGAAUCAACUACGGCUAUCACCCAAUCAUUGACUUCUUCGGCAAGUAGCCGUCCAAUCACACAGCAAUACUGAGGACACAGUAGCCAAUCAUAAGCCAGUGAUGUGGGACAGCGACCAAUCAUAUGUCAGUGGCCUGACCCUGACCAAUCAAGUGCCGGUAAAAUGCGGUAUCGGUCAAUGGUGUCAGGUGUGAAUAGAGUGAAUAUCGAGCCAAUCACUUCCAUCGGACAUAGUAAACUGCCAAUAGUUGGCUGGUUGAAUGAAUUAGUGCUUGCCAGCGCCGUGAUGACGUUGAAGCUCAUUCAGAGGGAAAUAAUAACUUUUUGACGUUAUUGCUGGAUGUCAUGAUCAUCUGUCAAGUUACGUUUUGACAACAUUUGACGUGUCAAGCGAACAUGCAAGUGUUAGACUUUAACAUUGGUCCGAAUUCAAGUUGAGUUCAACAGAGCGUAAAGCUGUAAGCUGUACAGAGCGCUUGUCGUAAAGCUGCUGUUAUCGUAAUAACGGGGUUAUUGUUUUCAUCUGUUAAAUGUUUGGUUAAAUAGCAUCGUAGUGUAACCUUACAAUUGAGUUAUUCGAUAAAGUGAAAAUGUGUAAAUAAUGUGUUUUUUUUUUUUUGCUACAAGAAAUAUGACCGUUAUCUGUUACGUCAUAUGAGCCCGUGCUUAUGCAUUUUGCAGCAUACGUACAAGUAUACGCAGUGUAGGCACAACGCCUGCUCAGCAACAAAUGGCUCCUGUUGUUGAUUGGUUUGUUAAUUUGUUACGUUGUUUGGUAACGACUAAUGUGACUGAAAGCAAGUGGAGUGAUAAUGCGAAAAGCUGCCCAGUUACCGCGUGAUGCAAAACUUUCGUGACGUCACGUGACUAGUACGUUACGCUGCAUCAUGUCUCUUGGAAUGUGUGACGGGCAAUUCGACUCUGUACCUGUAUAUAUCGACUUUAUUGAGGAAUGUGAGAGAAUGGUAAGUUGACGUACGUCGGACGCGGCUUGUAUUUAUUUUAUGUUGUAAUAAACUAAAUAAACUGAAUGGAGACAA